AAGGAGAGGAAGGAGAGGAAGGAGAAGGGGAAGAGGAAGAAGGAGCAGCGCAGGAGGACAAACGGCUGAAUAAUGCAAAUUAAAACACAAUAAAAUGUAAAACACACAAAUGACAAGCAGAGCGAAGCAGAGAAAAUAGCGAAAAGCGAAUCGGUUGACAUGCCGAAAAGAAAUGCGAGUGGCGGCAACUUUUCCACUGAAUUGAUUUGAUUUCAACGCGACGGCGGCAUACGGAGCGUAUGCGCGAUACGUAUACGCGAUACGUAUACGCGAUAUAUACAUACAUAUAUAUAGAGCGACGAGGGAUGGCGGAUGAAAAUUUGCAUAACUUUGCUGGCGUGGCAUAAACAUCAAAAAAGCAAAUUGCAAGUAACAAGUAACAAAAGGGAAGCAGCAACGGUCAUAAAAACGGCGCCAGCCUCGUAAAAAUACGUAAAAAUCCUGCAAUUUCCUCGUCCUCUGCGUGAAAAUUAAUUUAUGCAGCAAAUCAAAUACGAAUAGGGAAGAAAUAUAAAAGUAAUCGCCAGGCCGUAACAAUUAAGACAGUUGAGAAGAACACGAGCUGCAGUCAAAAAAAAACAAGAAAGCCAGGAAAAUCAGGAAAAUUAAGAAAAUCUGAAAAAAAGAGUUAGCAAGGGUUGCUUAUAAAUGUACCAGGACAGCGGCUGCAGCAGCAGUAGCAGUCGACGCGGCAGCAGCAGUGCAGCAGCAGCAACAUCUGCAGCAGCAGCAGCAACACCUGCAACACUUGCAACAGCAACAACCAGCAGCAGCGACGAGGAAACGCUCGAAACUCUGACCAUUAUAACGACCACCAUCACCGACAGCGAUAUCCAUGCGACGACCACAACCACGACGGUUAUAGCGGCGGCGGCAGCAGCAGCAACAGCGACAAUAGUUGCCAGCAACACCUGCAACACGUGCAACACCAGCGACAUCGAGGACAGCAGUCCGGUGGAGGAGAGCGAGGACAGCGAGGAGUGCUACCGCGAGUAUAUCGAGAUCGAUUGCCAGACGACCGCCCAGGAGGGCAGCUCCCCCAGCGGCAGCAGCAGCUCCCCCAGCGGCGGUGGCAAUGCAACCGGCUUGCUGCAACGCCACAGCAGCAACAGCAACAGCAACCUACAGCAGCAACAGUUGCAACAGUUGCAGCUGCAGCAGGCGGACGUGCGUUUGUUGCGAAAAAUCGGCUAUAUUGCGUCGCGUGUGCGCUGCCUGGCCAAAUUCUACGGCGACUUUCGCCUGGUGAAUCCCUACAGCGCCCGGCGGCAAAAGCGGCAGCUGCAGGAGAUCCUGCUGCGCCACUCGAUCUUCGAUCCCGGCAAGGAGCACCAGCGGGCGAUUGUCUUGGCGGCGGCAACGGCGGCCAUAGCCGGUCCACUGGCGGCCAUCGAUUGCGCCUGCGCGACCAGCAGCAGCCUGAGCUUGGAGGCAGAGGUGAGCAGCAGUGAGGAGCAGCAGCAGGAUCAUCAGCAGCAGGAGGAGCAGGAUCAUCAGCAGGAGCAGGAGCAGGAGGAGGAGCAGUAUCUUCCGCAGGAGGAGCAGCAGAUUGAAGCGAUUGCCGUCACCACCACCACGGCCACUGUGCGCCGGAAGUCGUCGAGCAGCUCUACUUUAAGCGGCGGCACAGCGGCCGUUUCCGUUUCCGUUGGCGGUUCCGUUUCCGUCUCCGCCUCCGCUUCCGUUUCCGCCACCGCCUCGCAGUCCUUUUGCGCCGGCAGCAACAUCCAUCUGCUCGAGGAGCUGCUCAUUCAGUUCUACGAAGAGCAGGAUCAUCGCAGCAGCGGCAAUCUAACGGUCAUCAGGCAGCAGCAGCAGCACAGGAUCACCAAUAACAACAAUAAUAAUAACAAUAACAAUUGCCACAGCAUACGGAACAACAACAACAUGUCGAAUCCAGGCGGAACAACGGCAACGGCAACGGCAACCGUUGAACAACCUGCCACCUCGAGUGGUGCUGUUACCACCACCCACUUGCAACCCACCGCCCCCUCAGAGGGCAGCGAUCGCAGCGAACCGCGACGUCGGCGGGCCAGCGACUGCUCGGCGGUACAGGCGGCGCUCCAGAAUCAGCUGCACUGCAUUACGCUGAAGAACAACAACUGCGGCAAGGCGGCGCUGCCCUUUCAUCGCGGCAGCUGCGGCGCCGCCGGCGAACAUCUGCUGGCCGCCAAUUCCAUAGCCAAUCGGGCCACCAUCAUACUGAGUAAAUCUUGCAGUAAUGUCGACGGUGAUGUGGCGGCGGCCACCACACAACAACAGGCGGCGGCGGCCCUCAAGCUGGGCGGCAGUAUUAGGAUGCGGGCCAGUGCCACCGACAUUGAGUCGACGAACAACAUGACCUUGAAUGGCGCCUCGAAUAACGGAAAUGGGAAUGGGAACGGUAACGGGAAUAAUGGCAACAACGAGUACAGCAUCCUGCAGCUGAACAACACGAUCAUCCAGUGCCACUUCAACGACGACGACUUUCGCGCUCUGGUCAAGGACCUCAAGCGCAAGGUCGAGUACACGGAGCGCAUGAACUGGCUAUGUCUCUCCAAGCGACCGCUGGGCCCGCCGCAUCGUAAAAGCAGUCUACCAAAGCAUCAGGAGGUGAAGCGCCGCUUCCUGGAAAUUUGUGAUACGACCUUCUCGGAGGAGGUGAGGGCCGCCCUGCGCCUGCCGGCCUUCGACUCUUACGAGUGGGGCGACGCCGACGUCAUCCACCUAAUGCAGACCAUGUUCGUCGAGCUGGGCUUCAUCGAGAAGUUCAGCAUUCCGGUGGACACGCUGCGCGAAUGGCUCUACGAGGUCUACAAGCACUACAACGAGGUGCCCUUCCACAACUUUCGGCACUGCUUCUGCGUUGCCCAAAUGAUGUAUGCCAUAACGCGCCAGGCGAAUCUGCUUAGCCGCCUGGGCGACCUGGAGUGUCUGAUCCUGCUGGUGUCCUGCAUCUGCCACGACCUCGACCAUCCCGGCUACAACAAUAUCUACCAGAUCAACGCCCGCACCGAGCUGGCUCUCAGAUACAAUGACAUCUCACCGCUGGAGAACCACCAUUGUUCGAUAGCGUUCCGCCUGCUGGAGCAUCCCGAAUGCAAUAUAUUCAAGAACUUCAGCCGCGACACCUUCAAUAACAUUCGCGAGGGCAUCAUCCGGUGCAUUUUGGCCACGGACAUGGCCCGUCACAAUGAGAUCCUCACCCAGUUUAUGGAGGUAACGCCCAUUUUCGACUACAGCAACCGUGCGCACAUCAACUUGCUCUGCAUGAUCCUAAUAAAGGUGGCGGACAUCUCGAACGAGGCGCGACCCAUGGACGUGGCCGAGCCCUGGCUGGACCGCCUGCUCCAGGAGUUCUUCGCCCAGAGUGCCGCCGAGAAGUCCGAGGGCCUGCCCGUGACGCCCUUCAUGGACCCCGACAAGGUCAGCAAGCCGGGCUCGCAGGUCCGCUUCAUCGGACUCGUCCUCCUGCCGCUGUUCGAGGCCCUCGGCGAACUGGUGCCGGAGCUCACCGACCUCAUCAUCAUACCCGUGCGCAUCGCCCUGGAGUACUACAGGCGCCUCAACGAUGCCCAGACCAAGACGCGCAAAUCGGUGGCGGACAGCAACACGUCGGCGACCUCGGACAGCAACAGCGGCACCAUCGACUCGAAUGCGGCGAUGGUCAGCACCCCGGGGGCGGCCAGUGACAAGCUGAGCUUGGACAAGGCCCAGGGCAAUUCGCAGGGCUCCGGCGGCGGCGGCGGCGGCGGCGGCGGCGGAGGAGGAGCCGGCGGGGCAGGAGGCACUGGAUCAGGAGGCGGCGGCAACAGUGCCGCCGGCAGCGUCUCGCCACAGAUGCCGCGAUCCGGCUCGGGGAUCAGUGUGAAGUCGCGACGCAGCAUUCCCUCACAGAAGUCCGCCUCGAGGACGUCCGUCGAUGAGCCCGGCGGCAUGGCGGCGGAGCUCCACGAUCUGCCCGAGGGCAGCGAGAGCGGCGACUCGGAAACGGCCACCGAAGUGGAUGUGGCCGAGAAGACGUCCAAGUUCAAGGUGGACACGGAGGGCAGCAGCAACCGCAGCAAGUCCUCGCACUCGACUUCCCGCAAGUCGUCGCGCGAGAAGCGACCCUCGAUGAUCGGCGAGCUGUGCAGCAGCGGCGGCGGCCAGCGGAUCCGCAACUCGUACGGGAACAUCCACGGCUACCACAGCAACAGGUGUCACUUCGGCAACAACCGGGCGGUCAGCCUGGAUCAGUACAGCAGUGGCGGCAACAAUCGCCGCCUCUCGGACGGAUUGCCGCAGGUCAUCUCGGACAGCAAUGUUUUCUACGGCCGCCACAAUCGCAGCAGCAUGGAGACCUCCGGUGGUGUUAGUGGUGGUGGUGCAGUGGUUGGCAUUCCGCAGGACACCAAUGCCAAUACGAAUCAUCCCCAGCUAAAGGAGCUGCUGGCCCGCACCGAGGCGGAUUCGGAGGGUGAGAGCGAGGAGGAGAACGAGAAGAAGCUGAUGAUGUUGCCGCUGGCCGUGGCCACCACCUCAUCGAAUGGCAAUAUAUCGCCGCCCCUGGUGGUCACCGAGCAGAUCCUGCCCAGCAAUGGCAGCACACGUAGCAGUGCCAGCAGCGCUGCAGUGCCUGGAGGAUCUGGAUCUGGAGGAGGUGGAGGAAACGGUGGCGGAGGAGCCGCAGGACCCUCGGCUGGCAGCUCCUGGAAAUCGAGACUGCGCCAGUUCUCCGAUUACUUUAGCUUCAGCUUCGACAAGAGCAACAAGCGCUUCGGCAGCACUCGCAGCAGUCCAUGUCCCGGCUCCAAUUCCAGUUCGGGCAGGGCCAACAACAAUGCCAAUGGCUUGGGCGAAAGUCAAGAGGGCGGAGCAGGAGGAGGAGGCAAAAAGCCGGGCAUGUGCUGCGCCAUCAAGGGUGAGACUGGAGGCGGAGGAGGAGCCCUGACCACCGUGACCACCGGGAAUGAUGCCCAUCAGCGCCAUCGCGCCUACAGCCUCGAUGUUCCCGGCAUGAUGCGAUACUCCUCCAACGACAGCAGUCGCCAUCCCAGCAACAACACCCUGCAGAGUGCAGGAGGAGCUGGGGUAGCUGGAACCGCAGGAUUAGCCGGCGGAUUAGAGGUCACCACCACCCAGCGAGUGCCGCCCAGUUUGAGUGCGGAAUUGGGCCUGGCCAGCGGAUCGUCGUCAGAGGCGGGCCCAAAGAUUUGACAACAGGGGAGCAGCAGGGAGGAUUCGGCGGCAGUGGCCAUUAGCAGGGACGUCGAGGAGGAGGAGCCUGAGGAGCCGGAGGAGGAGGACGGGGACGGGCAGGAGGAGCACCGUCAUCUGCAUCAUCAGGAUGCCUCGUCCAGUUGCGAGGUAUCCUCCAUGUCGAUGACCGUGUGGUCGGCGAUUGGCCAACGUUUGAACGCCCUCGUCUGUCAUUGCUGCGAGCGCAAAUUGCCAGAGCCGGAAAAUGUCUAAGUGAAGUGAGGGAAAUACCACCCCAAGUUACUAUACCACCCCCUUCUGUACCACCUCCCUUGGCAGCUGGAGGUUCGUUGGCCUGGUAGCUAAGUUUAAGCCUAGCCCUUAACUAUUCGCAUUAAGCUUCAGAUUUUACUCUCUUGUUUUGUUUUUUUUUUUUUCUUAUUUUAUAUUUCCCUCUUGUUUACCUCUUAAGUAUUUUUAUUUAUGUACACGCGCAUACACACACAAAUAUAUACAUAAUAUUAUUAUUAAUUGCAUUUAUUUCGCGUGGAUAGAAUCCAUAGAAAGCAAAUGGAACUAGUAUUUAUUUCAAUCUUUUUAUUUGCUUAUAUCAAUAUUUAAGGCGAUGAAGGACCGAACAGAGCACAAUGAUUUUUUUACAACGUUAGAAGGUGUUUUUAAUUGAUAUAUAGUACUUCGCACACUGUAGUGUGAUGCCACUGGCGCCCGAACAGGGUCCGCAAGAAAAUUUCAAAUACUAUCGAGUAAAUGUUCAAAUUUCCUAACUGAAAUGCCGCUUACGGAAUUCGUAAAUAUUUAAUCCACUUGUAUGAUCUCUUCCAGAACCAUGAGAGUGCCGAAAGCUAAUGAAUGGUAAAAUGGGAAUUCCAGAGAUAAUUAAGUUUGGUAAUAGGUCAAAUGCAUUCAGUUGUUCCCGAGGAACAUGGCGUUGAUUUUGCUGGAGCCCGGGAAUUCCUUGCCAUUCUCGACUCCCCCGAAUCGAUUUCCCAUGCAGCUGAACGGGCCGGAAAGCAAUGCGAUUUGGAUGUCAGAGCCGAAAAACAGUUGGCCUUCGCCGGUUUCGAUCCGAUUCGCUCCGUUCUCAUGCGAAAUUCACGUCUAAUUACGCAAAACAAAUUUCGCCAACUGCAAUGGAUGCAUAUAUGCAACAGGCAGGAGUUUUAUUCGCUGUUCGUUGGGUCCCAGUCGCCUAAUUCCAUUUGCUUGUAGCUCGUUCCCCUUUUUUUUUUGCCAUUUUUUUCGGUGUCCGCUGGUUGGGAUUUUCCACGUGGGAGGAAAGUCGCUGCAGCGGGAUGCCCGCAGGAGCAACCAUGUUCCAUGGCCAGUCAAUUGGAUUUCGCCGCCGCAGCUGUGCUGAUGAUGACGCUGGUGGCAGCACUCAAUUAGAAGGCACUGUGGGAGCUGAAAUUCUUUCGAUUAUGCGCGAUUUUUCGGCUGCUAUGGAGAGUGGGGAGAUUUUGGGGCUUUAAAAUGAAAAAUGAGAAAAUCCUUCGGGAUGAUGAAAAUAAAUAUCAAUUUGCAUUCGAUAUUAAAAACGAGAUUUGAGGCCAACUGCAUUCACAUAUCGCAGAAAAGUGCAGAAAAUAUAUAAGAAACCCAAGUUAAUUAUGAUCAAUGUAAAUUUCUGUAUGUAAUUAUGUUAAAUAUAGCUAAACUCAGACACACACACACACACUGAAACUUUGAUUGGCAAAGGCAGAAGUUUGAUUCAAUUACGAUAUGGCAACACACAGAGAAAAAGAAGAGCCAAAAUAAUGAAGUUAUGAGAUAUAUUAUGGAUAAAGAAGAGGCGAGACCAAGCUGGUCCUUGGAUACAGAUAAAGAUACAGUUACAUCUACGGAUGCAGUUAUAAAGAGUUGCAUGUGUUUUUUUUGAAUGUGUGUAAUUAAGCGAGCACUAAUUGAGCGUUCAAUUCAAUAGAGGAGUUAAGAUGAAUACUUAUUCGGUGUACAUUUGGGUGUCUAGCAAAUCGCAGCAAAUACUCUUAAAACUAACUGUGCAUUGUAAUUGCAAGCUGCAGCAUAUUUAGAUGUGUACGUGUCACUUUCUCUCUAAGUUGUAAGUCAUUAAGUAAUUUAUAUAUAUAUUAUUGAAUAUAUAUAAACCAGAUCGCAUCUGUGGUGUAUGCCCAAACUAAUUAAUUCUCUGCGUGUGGUCUCCCCGCUCGUUGUGUGUUUUUCUGUAGUUAGAUUUGAAACUAUCUGCCUAAUGAUAAGUUCAUCGAAUGCAUUCGUGUAUGUACCUUCCAGUCCUCGCCCCCCAGUUACCCCGGUUUUCUGUCAGUGUAGUUGCUUGGACUGAGCAAGACACUAACGUAGACAUGGCGCCCGAACAGGGACUGCAGGUGCAUAUACGCACCACGAUCAACUAGCAAAAUGGAAAAUGAUUACAAACUAAAUCCCCUGAUGGCUAACUCUUAGACCUAAGACUCUAACCUAAACGAACCACUCUAAAUUAGCUAACACAUCAAAUUGAUUUGUUGCCUUAUACAACUAUUACAACUACUGUACUGUGGGUUGGCUUUCCCCCGAGAAACUCAUCCACAAUCGUCACUGCGUUUUAUAUUGUUCAUGCCACCAACUUCCCUUGUUUGAAUGACAAAACAAAAAGACUAAAACUUGAAUUUAAACAAAAUCAACAAAAACAAAAAAAACCAAAAAAGAAAAAGUAAACCAAACAAAGAACUUUCCAACAAAACCAACUAUACAUAUACAUUAAAAUAUAUAUAUAUAUACAUAAAUAUUUGUCUUAAAGAUACUACAACUACAACAAAUCAUAAAAAGAACUCUAGGUGUUUUACAAAUGUAUAAAACAAAACAAAAAACGACAACUAAGCCCAAAAACCAAAUGUAAACAAUUUUAAGCAUAACUAAACUAGUUUAGAGCCCAUGCUAAAAACAAAAACGCAAAGCAAGCCAUUUCUUGGCCAAAACCUAAAAAGGAUGAAUAAAUUUGACAGGCCGAAAAUGAAAAUGUCCUUGCAAUGGAGCACUAGAUAUCCAUAAUUCAUUCAAAUGACCAAGUUUUUCAGCCGAAAUAACAGUUUUUAAUGAUUGAUUGAUUCACUCGUUACAAUUUAUCUCAACAUAUUGCGAUAAGAUAUUCUUUAAAU